CCAGCGGGGGGCGCCGGUGGGCCGGCCACUUGGGCCAUUGGUCAAGGCGCGCUCGGGCGCUUUGCUGAAGACUUUGGAAAGUGACAAGUUGGGGAGGCUGAGAGCGAGAGAGGCAGAGGAGGGGACGCGGCCGGGAGAGCCGCCCCUGCCGCCGCCGUCGCCGCCAACGCCGCCGCCAACGCCGCCGCCCGCCGCCCGCCCCGGCUCCGGAGGGAAGCGCCGCCGCCCGCCGGCCCCCGGCUCCGGCCCCGAGCCCCCGGCCCCCUCGUCCGCCGGCUCCCCGGCUCCCGAGCCCGAGCGGCGCCGGGGCUGCCGCGGCCAAGGGUGGGGGCGGCCGAGAGGGCCGGUCCCGUCGCCCCGGGACCAGCGGAGCGGCGUGGAGAGAGGGGAAGCAGGAGCCCGGAGGAGCCCGAGGCGGGCGGCGGGGAGGCUGCGAGCGAGCAGGACAAAGGGAGCCGCGAGCCCCGGGCGUGCGUGCGUGCGCCCGGGCGGCCGCCCAGAGCCAGCCCCCGAGAGGCGGCCGCCGGGACCUCGGGGCGAGCCUGGUGGACGUGCCCGGAGCGCCGCCCCAAGCCCACGGGAGGAAUGCCCCGGGCCGGCCGCGGCCAGAGGCGCGGGGCGCCCGCCCGCUGCCUCCCGGCGCUGCCGCUGCUCGUCCUGCACGCCGCGGUCCUGCUGGCCCGCCCCGGAGCAGCCCAAGAAACAGAUGCAUCUGUGUCCGAGGCCGCCGAGCCGGUGCCCACCUUGUCCUGGAACGUUUCCAGUGAACUCGACAAAGAUUCCUUCUUGACACUGGAUGAGCCCAUGAACAACAUCACCACGUCUCUGGGUCAGACGGCUGACUUGUAUUGCAAAGUCUCCGGAAACCCUCCCCCCACCAUCCGCUGGUUUAAAAAUGAUGCCCCCGUGGUCCAAGAGCCCCGCAGGAUUUCCUUUCGAGCUACCAACUAUGGUUCUCGGUUGCGGAUACGGAACCUGGAUACUACAGACACUGGUUACUUCCAAUGUGUUGCAAACAAUGGCAAAAAAGUUGUAUCCACCACUGGAGUGCUCUUUGUCAAGUUUGGUCCCCCACCCACGGCAAGCCCUGGAUCAUCGGAUGAAUAUGAAGAAGACGGGUUCUGCCAGCCGUACCGAGGGAUCGCCUGCGCCAGAUUCAUUGGCAACCGCACCGUCUACAUGGAGUCUUUGCACAUGCAAGGGGAAAUAGAAAAUCAGAUUACAGCCGCCUUCACCAUGAUUGGCACAUCGAGUCACCUAUCUGAUAAGUGCUCCCAGUUCGCCAUCCCGUCCCUUUGUCACUAUGCUUUCCCCUACUGUGAUGAGACCUCCUCAGUUCCCAAGCCGCGAGAUCUGUGUCGGGACGAGUGUGAAAUCUUGGAGAACGUCCUCUGUCAGACCGAGUACAUUUUCGCCAGAUCGAAUCCCAUGAUCCUCAUGAGGCUCAAAUUGCCCAACUGUGAAGACCUUCCCCAGCCGGAGAGCCCAGAAGCUGCCAACUGUAUCCGGAUUGGGAUCCCCAUGGCUGACCCCAUCAACAAAAAUCACAAGUGCUACAACAGCACGGGAGCAGAUUACCGAGGCACGGUCAGCGUGACGAAAUCCGGCCGACAGUGUCAGCCGUGGAACUCCCAGUAUCCCCACACGCACACGUUCACGGCGGUCAGAUACCCCGAGCUGAACGGGGGACACUCGUACUGCCGCAAUCCCGGGAACCAGAAGGAGGCCCCGUGGUGCUUCACCUUGGACGAAAACUUCAAGGCAGAUCUGUGUGACAUCCCAGCCUGUGAUUCCAAGGACUCCAAGGAGAAGAAUAAGAUGGAGAUCCUGUACAUCCUGGUCCCCAGCGUGGCCAUCCCUCUGGCCAUCGCCCUGCUGUUUUUCUUCAUCUGCGUCUGCCGCAACAACCAGAAGCCCUCCUCGCCCCCUACCCAGAGGCAGCCGAAGCACGUCCGGGGGCAGAACGUGGAGAUGUCCAUGCUGUCUGCCUACAAACCUAAGAGCAAAGCCAAAGAGUUGCCUCUGUCGGCUGUCCGUUUCAUGGAAGAAUUGGGUGAAUGCGCCUUCGGGAAAAUCUACAAGGGGCAUCUCUACCUCCCAGGGAUGGACCACGCUCAGCUGGUGGCCAUCAAGACCCUGAAAGAUUUCAACAACCCUCAGCAGUGGGCAGAUUUCCAGCAGGAAGCCUCCCUCAUGGCAGAGCUGCACCACCCCAACAUCGUCUGCCUCCUUGGGGUGGUCACUCAGGAACAGCCGGUGUGUAUGCUGUUCGAGUACAUGAAUCAGGGGGACCUGCACGAGUUCCUCAUCAUGAGGUCCCCACACUCGGACGUGGGCUGCAGCAGCGACGAAGACGGGACCGUCAAGUCCAGCCUGGAUCACGGCGACUUCCUGCACAUCGCCAUCCAGAUCGCCGCGGGCAUGGAGUACUUGUCGAGCCACUUCUUUGUGCACAAGGAUCUGGCCGCUCGGAACAUCCUGAUCGGCGAGCAGCUCCACGUGAAGAUCUCGGACCUGGGCCUUUCCAGGGAGAUCUACUCGGCUGACUACUACCGAGUGCAGAGCAAGUCCCUGCUGCCCAUCCGCUGGAUGCCCCCGGAGGCCAUCAUGUACGGCAAGUUCUCUUCGGACUCGGACAUCUGGUCCUUCGGCGUCGUCCUGUGGGAGAUUUUCAGCUUUGGGCUGCAGCCCUAUUACGGCUUCAGUAACCAGGAAGUGGUGGAGAUGGUCAGGAAGCGGCAGCUCCUGCCGUGCUCGGAAGACUGCCCUCCCAGGAUGUACAGCUUGAUGACCGAAUGCUGGCACGAGAUCCCUUCGAGGAGACCGCGGUUCAAGGACAUCCACGUCCGGCUCCGCUCCUGGGAGGGGAUCUCGAGCCACACGAGCUCCACGUCUCCCUCCGGCGGCAAUGCUACCACCCAGACGACCUCCCUCAGCGCCAGCCCCAUCAGCAAUCUCAGUAACCCAAGAUAUCCCAACUACAUGUUUCCAGCCCAGGGGAUACCUCAGGGGCAGAUCGCUGGCUUCAUCGGGCCCCCCAUACCUCAAAACCAGCGGUUCAUCCCCAUCAAUGGGUACCCGAUACCUCCUGGAUACGCUGCUUUCCCAGCAACUCACUACCAGCCCCAGGGGCCCCCCCGAGUCAUUCAACACUGUCCCCCUCCCAAGAGCCGCUCGCCCAGCAGUGCCAGUGGCUCCACGAGCACUGGGCACGUGACUAGCUUGCCCUCUUCGGGAUCCAACCAGGAGGCGAACAUCCCCUUGCUAUCCCACGUAUCCCUUCCCAACCAUCCGAGUGGAAUCGGCAUAACCGUGUUUGGAAACAAAACUCAGAAACCCUAUAAAAUAGACUCAAAGCAACCGUCUUUACUAGGGGACUCCAAUAUCCAUGGACACACUGAAUCAAUGAUUUCUGCAGAACUGUAAAACGCAAGGGGUUGUUCUAUAUAAAUAUGGUAUACAGUACAAACUAGGAAGCCGUAGAAAAGAUUUAUAUUCAAAUAUUUUAUUAAAGUAAGAUUUGUUUUGAUUGUUUAGCAGACAUUGCAACAAGUAUCUUCUGUGAAGUGUAACUGUGUGCUUAGCAGGAUGGGCAGAUACAGGCAACAAAAAAAAUCAUUUAUUCAAGCGGCAAAAAUUAUUAAGCGCCUAUUUUGUGCUAAAUGCUGGGAAUACAGUCCCUGCCCCCAAGGACUUAUAUUCUAUUCCUAUUGUGCCUUGAACAUCCUGUCAUGUUGUGUAACCUUGCUUUAGGAUCGGUUCACAUCACGUUAGGUACUCAAAACUAUCAACCAAGGAAGAGUCCUUUUCAGAGAAAUGUCAGAAUGGGAUCUCAGCCGAGUCAAAGAGUCCAUUGGCUGUCCAGUGGCUUUAAUAUUCCUUGAAGUCUGUCCAGUAGCUUUUGUGUGACCGCCAUGUCUAUUUUCAUGUUUAGAAGGGAUAAGACUUUGGUUCAAUUUAAUUAUCGGGCACGUUGGGAUGGAAAACUGAUGUUUACUUUUUUCUUUCGGUCCAGACCUGUCAUUUCAUCAUCUAGGGAACUCCCAUUGUGGAAAUUGCCCACAUCCCCUUGGCUCUCUAGAAAUGCUCCUCUGGAUCGACAAGGUCAAAUGAAUAUCAUAU